AGAUGAACAAACAUAAAGUUAUAGAAGUGUAUGACUGUAGAUAAAGCCUUAUCAAGAAUUUUUUGUUUGCUUACAUACAAUUCGUCAAGUCGUUUGUCUUCCUUGGGCACCAACAAAAAAUCAUCGGGACGACACAAAGUUUAAUUUAUUACGAAACUUAUCCUAUUAUCAGCAAAUGCUUUGAAUUUUAAGAACAGAAAGCUUGACACAUAUUUGCUAUCUAUGGCGAUGCAUUCAUACUUACGGGCGAGUUCCAACCCGAACCAAAGCCAAACACGCAACGCGAAUAUAAACAUGGCUAGCUCCGAUGAAGUUCAAAACUUUCUGAAGGACAAGCAGGCGUGGGAGCAUGCUAUAUCUCUUUACCAAGGACUCGAUCCGCUAGACCAUUGGUACAAUUAUAUAUGUUGGUAUGAGAAUCAUGAGAAAAGUGAUCCAGAACUAAAAUUCAGAGAGACAUUAGAACGUUGUCUCACUGUCUACGAACACAAUGAAUAUUAUUGGCAAGACGUACGCUUGGUGCGUCUCUGGCUGAAAUACAUAGCCAUGCAGGGAGACCAGUUACGCUUCUAUCAAGUACUGUUUCAGCGAGGCACUGGACGACAAGUUGCUGCAUUUUACAUUGGUUGGGCUAACUAUUACGAGGAGCGGGAGCAAUUUCAAGAUGCCGAAGAAGUAUUUAACCUUGCCUUCCAGGAGAAGGCACAAAGCCACAUCGAACUCCAAAAUGCACAUACAAAGUUCUCUUAUGUGCGCUCUCUUCAUUAUCAACAACAGCAACAUCAUCACCAGCAACAACAGCAGCAUCCUACAGCUCCUCCGCCAAACAAUGUAUUGCAACAUCUGACGACGUAUACACAACAGCAACCGUAUCCUCAGACUGGGCCAGGAGCGACGUCAUUGCGGUCUUAUCAACUCUCACAGCAUACCUACCAUCAAUACCAACAGCAACACCCUCCGGGAAAUGUCUAUCAUCAUCAGUCCCAAUCUCAGUUACAUCCGCAACCUCCGCCAAAUAUUCAUCCUCAUUCCCAAGAGCAGCAACUGCAAUCGGAAUCAUCGUUCCAUCUUGAAGGACUGCAGGUACAGGUAAAAACACCUCCCCAUUAUGAGCAACAUGUGGCUCAUGCAUCUCCACAAUCAGCUCUUGAACCAGCUGCUCCUAGCCAGGCUAACCUCCAGACACAAUACCCGCCUAACGAUCAACCCAGUCGGCCCAAUAAGCAUAUAAACUACCAACAGCAGCUGGAAACACAAAUGUCCACAAACACCUAUACAUAUCCAGAGUCAAAACAGCAAGAUCUUAAGUCGCAAGUGCAACAGCUUUCAGUGAACACUGGGGAUAUUAGAAAUGUGAGGCUGCCGCGCAAUUUUGAAGCGUUUGGUCGGAACAACCACGAAACCUGGAAACCAGCAUUGACGCUCGAAGAACCAGAAGAUCCAUUACGCGUUUGCUUUUAUGCCAAGCACCUGGUGUAUCCCGCAGGCGCAGGUAUAGAGUACAGUCCUGAGGAGCUGUUAGCUCGUAAAUAUGCACAAAUUUUAGGGCAAGAAAGUAAGCAGGAGCCAUAUAUGCAGAUAUCCAAACAACAAAAACAUACGCAUACUCUGAAAAGAGAGUCAAACUAUCAGAGUCCAGAUAAGGACCAGAGCCAGGAACUGGACCGACAGAUAAAUCGGAGUCGGAAACUCUACAAAUCCUAUAAGCCGGAGGCACCUUAUUACAUGACAGCUGUACAUAGACGACAGUAUGUGCAUAAUGAUGAUGGCGAAGAGGGUCAAGAGGGGCCGGAUGAGGAGGAGCAAUCUGUCGAAGAAAAUUCGGAUGAGCAAUCUAAUGAAGGUAACUCCGACAAUGAAAGUGGAAUCGUCGAGCAUGCCAACUGUGUUAAGCAACAUUUGGAGCAGCCAACGUAUGAGCAGCAGAGUCGAUCCAUAAAAAUUAAGUUUAAAAAGGAACGCACGCUGGAAAGCAGUUCAUAUAGUGCCUACACCAUCGAGAACAUUUACCAUCAUCAACAGGAUCUUUCGUUGCCCGCUUCACCAAUACCGGUGUCAGAAUCAGGAGGAGAAACUGGAACAACAUCCAUGCGGGUAGCGGUGCCUGCUUCGGCCAAGUCUACCCAAGAUUGGAGAAAAUGCAUCUCUAAUGUACAGCGCCAACGAAACGGGGGUGUUCACUUCCAUCCAUAUCUAUUGGAACACACGUCGACUCCAAAGAGCAACGGAAAUGGCUGCAAGCGCUCUCGUGUCAAGUUAAAUCUAGGCAAUUCGCAUUCGGAGCAGUGCAACAACAGCAACUCAUCGUGUUCGGUAAUGGCAAAUGGUUCUGAGAUGAAGAUCUUAACGGGAGAGGAUGAUUCUGAAACAGCAGAUGAGCUUAGAAUAAAUAGACCCAUCCCAAAUGAUACUUUCAACGACAAUGCCAACUUUUCAUUUUCUAGUGCUGGUGGAGGUCUUGAUAACUCAAAGAGUUCGCUAGCUCUUGCAGUCGGACGACUUCAUUUUGGCGAUACCGCGCAGACUUCAAGCACUAACAAGGCACUUCAUACGCACAAUAACAAUAAUAAUAACAACAAUAAAAAUACAAUUACAAAGUUUUCGGGAAAAUUGGCCACUUCAGCAACGAAUAACACUUCAACGGACUUCUCCACGUUUCAGGAGAACUCUUACUUUGCCACACAGCACGACUCAGAAGCACAACAACGUCGCUUAGCAAAGGCACUUGACACAAUUGAACGGCAUCAGGUCAAAGAAACAGUCGAUCCGUUUAACAGUGAGCUUUGUCGUGCUUUUCUAACAAAACUGAAUUUUCCGGGUAAUGACGAUGCCCAUGCCAGUUACAAAAUUGUGCAAGCGCCACUACCAAAAAUUUCUAACACUCGAACUUUGCACGUGCUUGAAGAUGUGCAAUUUAAUAUCGAUAAGGAGGUUGGACGCGGAUCCUAUGGAUCAGUGUACAAAGCCACAGAUGCUCGCACCGGUAAUGUCAUGGCUCUCAAGUUCCAGAAGCCUCCCAACACCUGGGAAAUCUAUAUAUGUGAUCAGGUGCGAAAGCGGGUCAUGGAACCAAACAUUUUACCGGGCUUAAUGGAUAUCUCAACGGCAAUUAUAGCUCCAAACGCUAGUCUUAUUGCCACCGAAUUUUCACCGUUUGGCUCGCUGCUUGAUAUCAACAAUAAAAUUCGGCAGGCCACAACAAAGGUGAUGCAUGAAUCCCUAGUCAUGCACUUCUCAGCACAGAUUUGUAAUAUUGUCGACCAUCUGCACCGCCAGCACAUUAUUCAUGCUGAUAUUAAGCCAGAUAACUUUCUGCUGAUGCGGGUUCCUAACGUGGACAGUUUGGAACCUUCACUGCGACUGAUUGAUUUUGGCUGUGCUAUUGAUUUGUCCCUUUUUCCCAAUGGCGAGCACACCAAGUUUCGCAAACUGGUGCAAACUGAUGGGUUUACUUGCAUUGAAAUGCAGGAGGGCCGUUCCUGGUCUUUUGAAACAGAUCUGUUCUGUAUAGCGAGCACAGUGCACGUCAUGCUUUUUGGUGAGUAUAUGCAGCCUCAGAAGAAACCGACAGGCUGGGACAUACGACAAAAGCUGCCAAGGUAUUUGAAAAAACACGUAUGGUCCAAGUUUUUUGGGGACCUGCUUAACAUGCAACCUGAUAAAUUGCCGGAGUUACAGCAGAUGCGUAAAGUGUUUGACGAAGAAUGCUAUCGGAUGGAUUCUGAGCUUCAAAAGCAAAUACGUACGCUUUCAAACAUUCUGCAUCGGCGAUAACCAACACGCGACGACAAAUUCGUCUCCUGUGUACAUUAAUUUUUCUUUGUUGAUUAUUGCAAAUUUGUAAUUAGGAAUAUGCUUUGAUAUAGCUCUGGAGCAUACGUAUACUGAAAGAGUUUUCUGUUUUAUUAGUUCACAUAUAAUAAUAAAUUUUUCAUCAUUACAAGGUUUUUUAUGAUAGUUAUUUUCAAUAGUCUGUUGCAGAUACUUAAUUACACUGUACGAAAAAAGUAAACAGAGCUAACUUUGGUUUUCAAGUUUUUGGUAAAAAAAUUAAAUGUUAAUAAAUAUAUUGAGUGACAACAAGAAAUUAAAAAAAAAAAAUUUCAAUAGGUCAACUAACAACCAACAAACAAAACAAGAAAAUUCAACAAAAACAUUUAACUGUAAUUUGUAUGUAUAGGAGAGAAAUAGUAGAAGGCAUAAUAUGCAUAUAUGUUUAAUGCAAUGUAAAAUUAAAACUAUUUUAUCUGACGAGUAAUU